GAUGUUCAAUAUCUGUUCGUAGUCAAAGCAAUGUGACACUUCUGGUGAAGUGUUUUGAAUGCAACUCACAUUAGACGAAGGAGUUGCCCUCUCCCAACAGCAUCAAAUUUAUGAUCACCUCAGACAAGAAAGAUUAUAAAGAUAGAUUUGAAAGCUGUUAAACGUAACAUUAAUUUGAUUCAGAAUGCGACCGUUCUGAACAGUUCAGAAUAACUUUGCAAUGCGGGAAUUGCUCUGAGCUGUUGUUAUCACCGGAUGGACCUUGGUGCUUGUCGGCUGAAACAUCAUUUACAAUCCGCUGUGAGACUGACGAGGCGGGACCGCCGACAGGAUGGUGGAGCGGUCGGACCGAGCACCUCUGCUGGACUGGGAGGAGGUUCCGUCCACGGAGAAGCCUGGCGGAGCGGCACCGGCUGCAGCACACUCCAAGGACCGAGUGGCGAGCCCCUGCAACAGCCGUGCCUCGUCAGGAUGCUCCGCGCCGGGGCUUGGGUGGAGCAGCAGUCCAGGGGGUCCCACUCCCAGCAGGUCUGUCUCCAACGCAGACGGCUGCAGCGCCCCACCCGCGACCUCCAACACCCCGCAGGGCAAGAAUGAAGCCCUGCAUCCCGACAACGAGGAGCAUCUCUCGGAUUCAGGAUCGGGGGAGGUGUCGCUAGAGGACAGGAUGGUGAAAUGGGAGGAAAAGGACCAGAUUGUGUCGGUCUUUGUGGUUACAUUUAAUACCAGAUCAGGAAACAUGCUGGAGUGGUGUCUGCCCAAAGACAUUGACCUAGAGGGAGUGGAGUUUAAAGCCAUCGCCAGCGGCUCCCACCGAGUCACCACAGACUUCAUCUACUUCCGGAAGGGCUCCUACUUUGGCCUGGCCUGCUUUGCCAACAUGGCGGUGGAGAGCACGGUGGAGAGGGGCGCGAGGAUGAAGUCGGUGGGGAUCCUGUCUCCUUCCUACACCUUGCUUUACCGCUACAUGAGCUUCCUGGAGCACCAGGUCAGGCUCCAGCUUCACUCCCCAGGCCACUACUCUCCCCUGCAGGCCUUCUAUGAGGACAAGAGAGCACUGCUGCCCCCCGGUGGUGACGGUGUUGUUAUUGCAUGCCCAGCCAAUGCCUGGGGAGCUGCAAUCAACCACAGCAUGCACCCUGAAAUGAAGAUCACCCACCCAGCAGGCUGCAUGUCCCAGUUCAUCCGCUUCUUUGGGGAGCAGAUCAUGGUGCUGUGGAAACUGGCUCUCCUCCGCAGACGCAUCCUCAUCUUCUCCCCUCCACCUGUGGGCGUGGUCUGCUACAGAGUGUACUGCUGUUGUUGCCUGGCAAACAUCUCCAUCCCCGGGAUCGGCGUGGCUGUGCCCGAGUUCCGCCCUUUCUUCUAUGUUAACGUGGCCGAUAUCAGCGCCCUGGAGAACGAGCUGUCCUACGUGGCGUGUACUACUGAGAAGAUCUUUGAGGAGAAGAAGGAUCUGUAUGAUGCGUAUGUAGACAAUCAGAAUGUAAAGACCUGCAGGGACGGCCUGAAGCCUCUGCUCCGCCUCAGCACAGCCGACAGGGAGAAAUAUCGCAAACUCACGGAACAGAGGCAGAUGUUGCUAUACUCUCAGGAGGAGAAUGGAGACUGUGUGUCCAGUGAAGAGGAUCUUUUUAUUCUGUUUUUCCUGGAGCAGAACAACAGGAUUUUCCAGACCCUCAGCGAGGUGGCAGGGAGCCCGGAUCCCAUGCUGACCCAGGAGAGUGUGAGGGCCAUGGGUCUGGAUCCCCACGGAGACAGGCUCUUCCUGCUCCACCUGCUGGAGAUCUAUGGCUAUGACACCCUCCUGGUGUCGGAGCAGCUGUGCUGCAGUUGAGAGACGACAGAUGUAGAAUUCCGCCUUUCAUCACUGCUGGUUUUAAAGUGGGGUUGAUUUGCCUCAAGAAAACUUUGAGUGCUGCACUACCGGCUUCAUGGGAGUCUUCGGGACAGUUUGGAAUUUUUCUGGUAGAACUUUGUUUUAUUUUGUAUAUCCCCCGUGUGCUUCUUUUGUUCACCGUGGUUUUGCUCCCUCACAACCUGAUGGCAAGAGCAACAACAUCAGUCAACUCUCAAGUAUUAUAACCAAGAAUCAUGUGGUCCGUCCUACUUGAUAUAGCCUCAUGGAGGCUUAAGAUGGAUCACUCACCCAUGGCUGACUAAAAGUGAUUCUCUGGAUUGCAUACAGCUGCAGUAUUCCAACACUGAGACGCUUUUAAACGAUAUGGAUGGCAGGUCCAAACCCCAAGAUGAUGAUGAUAAGAUCAAAUAAAUACUAAGAUGGCUUGAACUGUACUUCGACAUCAAGUCGAAUGAGACUGGAGAUUUUAAGUGAACAAAAUGUGUGCUGAGGACUGAUGUGUGAAAGAAAAAAAAGAGAGGUAGCCGUCCUGUAAAUAAUCCUGUUUUUCUUUCUUUCUUUCUAAAUGUAAAGUGUGUCAGCGUGUGUGUGUGAUAUAGGGUGCGCCUCUCUGCCAGUGUUGCUUUCUUUGUAUAAAGUGCUGGAUUCAAACAUGUUAUUUCUAAGCAUCAAUGUCCAAAUCAGGGCCUCCUUUCUUGAUAUCUAACUUAUGUCAUUACAAGCAGGUCAAACCACUUUUGUUUUGAAGAGCCACUGCUGUUGAAAACUAAAUGCGACAAAAUGACCAGGUUGCCAUUUAAUGUUACCAAUUAUUUUUGGCCUGCGCUAAGACCAAAUCAGAUUUUCUAAUGAUGUCAGUGUCCAACAGGCAAGGGUGAUGUCCAUGUGGACAUUGAGGCUACUUUGUAUGGCUUAUUUGCACCGGUGCAGUCAGCUGGGCCUGCAGUUCAGAGUAAUAAGCUGUUACACAAAGAGCCACGUUUAGUCUUUAUAUGCUUUUCUCAAAUGUCCAGUUGUUUUUGCAGCUAUAGUAUCAAGACUUCAGGGGCCAAGUUCACAACUCUAAGUGAUUCUCUCAAUUCAGAGACCCUGACUUGAUUUAUUUAACAGCUACCAUCUGCAGAAUAGAUAUUAGAGAAUUGUGUAAGACCCAAUUCUAUAACGUUUAAGCUCUGUACAUUUUGAAGCACACUAUAGCCGUGUAUUCUUUCAGCUUUGUUAACAGAGAGGUUGCACUUGUUGCUAUUUUAUGUUGUGCAAUGCUGUUGGUGCGAGGUAGUGCAGCAGUGACAUAAAAAAA